CUCGCGUGGGUUCGGAUUUGGCGGCCGGUGUCUCGUCUCGCUCUCGCGCAUCGGCCUCCUCCGCCGCCGCCUCCUCCCGCCGGAGCCCGCCCGCCGCCUCGAAGCGCAGGACCGUGAUCUGCCGCCGCCUCCGCCGGCCCCGCCGCUCGGCUCCGGACGCGACCCCUUUCGCUGGGCCAGGAGGAAGCCCUACCUCGUCCACGGAGCUGGUGGGCGGCGCGCUCGCUCCCAGCGCGACCCGUCGGCCCCUACCCCGCCGCGCGCCCCUCGGGCUCGGGCGCCGCCCUCCCCGCGGGAGCCCCAGCGGCCAGCGCCGCCGCCACGAGGGCAGGAGGCUGCUGCUUGUUGGUUAAUCUUGGACUGUGGUAAUGGGGGAGGCUGACGAUGCUAGGGAUGCGGUGGUGGAAGAGAUGGAUGUCGAUGGUGGCGACAGGCACCGUGGCAAGGACAAGGACAGGCGGGAUAGGCACAGGAGGGAGGAGAAGGAUCACCAUGGCAGUGGGAGGAGGGACAAGGAGAAGGAGAAAGAUAAGGAUGAGAGGAGGAGGGACAAGGAUGAUACCAAGCAUAGGGACAGGGAUAGGGAGAGGGAAAGAGACAGGGACAGAGAUAGGGAUAGCAGCAAGCACAGGGAUAGGGAUUCAGAGCGUGACCGUGGCCGUGACCGUGAUCGUGGGAAGGAUCGGGAAAGGGAUACAGAGAGGGAGCGGGAAAGGGAAAAGGAACGGAGGGAUAGGGACAAGGACAGGAGCCGUAACAGAGACAAGAACAAGGACAAGGAAGAUAGGGAACGGGAGAAGUCGAGGGGAAAGGACCGUGGAGAAGACGCAGAUUUGCCUAAGGGUGAUGAGGGAGACCAGAAGAAGGGAGGUGACCUCCCAGGAGAGCCUGACCAGGCCUCCACAUCUGCCCUCCGGGACCGCAUUGCGAGGGCCAAGGAAGAAAGGUUGAAGGAUAAAAAGGAAGGGGGAAUUCUGGAUGAUAAAGAUGAUGCUUCAGAGAUACUAUCCUGGGUAGGCAAGAGUCGCAAACUUGACGAGAAAAGACAAGCUGAAAAGGAGAAGGCGUUACGUCUUGCACGAGUAUUUGAGGAACAGGAUGAUAUGUUAGCAGAAAAUAGUGAUGACGACUAUGAUGAUGCUGAUAAACUUGGUGGAGACCACUUAUCUGGAGUGAAGGUUCUUCAUGGGCUUGACAAAGUCAUAGAAGGUGGAGCAGUUGUCAUGACUCUCAAAGAUCAGAGUAUUCUGGCUGAUGGGGAUAUCAAUGAAGAAGCUGAUAUGCUUGAGAACAUCGAGAUUGGUGAGCAGAAGCAAAGAAACGAAGCUUACAAGGCUGCGCUGAAGAAAGGAACAUAUGAUGACAAGUUCAAUGAUGACCCAAUGUCAAAGAAACCUAUGCUCUCACAUUAUGAUGACCCGAUGGAAGAUGAGGGAGUGACACUUGAUGAAGGUGGACGCUUCACCGGUGAAGCAGAGAAGAAGUUGGAAGAGCUCCGCAAAAGGAUUGAAGGUGGUUCUGUUCUGAAAAAGACAGAAGACCUUACUUCCGCAGCAAAGAUGGCAUCAGAUUACUACACUGCUGAUGAAAUGCUGCAGUUUAAGAAACCAAAGAAAAAGAAAUCCCAUAGGAAGAAAGAAAAGCUAGAUCUGGAUGCACUUGAAGCAGAAGCGAUUGCUUCUGGACUGGGAGCAGCUGAUCUUGGGUCCAGGAAUAAUGGUAAGCGACAGUCUGCUAGGGAGGUAGAGCAAAAGGCUGAUGCUGAAAAGAGAAGCAAUGCGUACCAAGUAGCCAUUUCAAAGGCUGAAGAGGCAUCAAAAGCGUUGCGUCAGGAGAAAAUGCCCGGUAAACCGGCUGAUGAGGAAGAACUUGUUUUUGGUGACGAUUAUGAAGAUCUGCAAAAAUCUCUGGAGCAAGCAAGGAAGCUAUCUCUAAGGAAGCAGGAAGAGGCUGCAGGUUCUGGUCCUCUGUCUGUAGCAGAAAUGGCUGCUGCAAACAAGGGCCAAGGAGAUGCAGAUGCUGCAGAGGGAGAUGCACAACAGAAUAAGGUUGUUAUCACUGAGAUGGAAGAGUUUGUGUGGGGCCUGCAAUUGAAUGAAGAAACACGCAAGCCAGAAGCAGAAGAUGUGUUUAUGGAUGAAGACGAUGAUGAUAUGCCUUCAGGUAUUACAGCAAAAGAUGACACAAGCAGAUUGGGAGUGAUCAAAGAGGAAGCUGUCAUUGAAGACCCAAAAAAGGAUGUAGAGGAGCAAGAAGUCACGCCGGAUGAGGUUGUGCAUGAAGCUGCAGUUGGCAAGGGUUUGGGUGGAGCUUUGAAGUUUCUAAAGGAGCGAGGGACCCUCAAUGAGGGCACCAAUUGGGGAGGCAGAACCACGGACAAGAAGAAAAGCAAGCUUGUUGGUAUUGAGGAAGAGGCUCAGGACGGAAAAAAAGAAAUCCGCAUAGAAAGAAUGGAUGAAUUCGGUCGAGUGAUGACACCCAAGGAGGCAUUUAGGGAUCUUUCGCACAAAUUCCAUGGCAAGGGACCAGGUAAAAUGAAGCUGGAAAAACGGCAGAAGAAGUACCAGGAUGAUAUGAAGGCUAAGCAAAUGAAAUCUUCUGACACGCCUUUGAUGUCCGCGGAAAAGAUGAGAGACGCUCAAGCUCGUGGCCAAACACCAUACCUUGUUUUAAGUGGCAAUGCAAAAUCAGGCCCGACAGGCGACGCUAGUGGCUUUGCCAGCGUGGAGAAGGCACAUCCCGGGAGUCUGACGCCCAUGCUCGGCGACAAAAAGGUGGAGCACUUUCUGGGCAUCAAACGAAGCGCCCAGUUCGGAGGCAUGCCGCCGCUGCCACCAAAGAAGCCUAAGAACUGAGGUUGCAGCAGAGUGGAGUGAACAGGAACCAGCGGCGGUUCUCUAGCGAAUCUGCAAUCUUGGAGCAGAUUAUGAGUCACCGACAUGGGCGGAAGGGGCCAAACGCCUGCCACAUGCAGGAGGACCCGUCCUCAGAUGCGAUAAGAAACUGUAAAUUUGCACCCUAAACCGAUUGUUUUGAUGGUGACAAUCUUGACACACACACACAGAGAUGGUGUAACUGUAACGCAACGAUGUUUCUAUCCGUGCACGCUCUACAAGUUGCAUAUAGAAGCAUGCUUGCUAACCUUUAUGUGGAAAA